CCGGUGCUGGUGACCUGGGAACCAGACCGCCCUACGCGAGUCGAGGUAGACGCCUCGGGGUACGCCACCGGAGGGGUCCUUCUGCAGAAGCUCGAGGACGGACUCUGGCACCCAGUUGCAUUCCGGUCAGAAUCCAUGACGGAGGCUGAGCGAAACUACGAGAUCUACGACCGAGAACUGUUGGCCAUCGUGAGAGGACUGGAGGACUGGCGGCACUUCCUCGAGGGGCUACCCGAGCCCUUCGAGAUCAUCACCGAUCACCGCAACCUUGAGUACUGGCGCACCGCCCAGAACCUCACCCGGAGACAGGCGCGCUGGGCUCUUUGGCUGUCACGCUUUGAUUUCCGACUCACACAUAAGCCGGGAACUGCCAACACCCAGGCCGAUCCCCUCUCACGCAUCUCGGAGUUUCAAGUCACCGACGCCGAGGACAAUCAGGAUCAGAUUGUCCUUCGGCCCGAACGCUUUGCCACCAUCGCGGCGUCAGCACUACGCGCGGUUAACCCGCUAGAGGAACGGAUCAGGGAGAGUAGCAGGCGGGAGGCGGAAGUCCUCAAGGGUUUGGAAGCCCUUCGGGAGGACGGG